CUGUAAAAAAAAAAUUUUUUUUUUUUUGGCCACAAUGAAUUUCGAAUAGAAAUUUAUUCAAUAAUUAUUGGACACACCAUCAUACAUUGUGUAUUUUUUUAAAGAAUAAUUUCUUGAAAAUUAAUCCAAGAAUCGGUAGAACUCAAAAACAAAAUAGCAAAAAAAAAAAAAAAAAAAACAAGCCAGCCAAAGAAUUUUGGUUGGCCAAAUACAAUUCGUCUCAAUUUGCUCAUCCAUACAAAUGGAUAUAUUUGGAUUCUAAUGACAAAAAAAAAGUUGUAUACUCAUUGUAGCCGACGUCAUACAAUAGCAUGUAUCGACGACUAUUUGGACAGUAUUCGGAUCACCUUUUUAACAUUUUUGCCAACAACGCGCGUGGUCGUAUUCUGCUGAUAUAUACUGACUUUGUUGAGAAUUUUGUAUUCACAAAAAUGUCCAACCAAAUUGAAGAAUCACAACAACAAUCACCGGAUUCGACUGAAAAUCAUCAAUGCAAUGAUGAUGGCGAUUUUGUUGAUCCAUGGACAGUGACCAGUUCUAGUCAAUCUGGACCCGAUUAUGAUAAACUCAUUGCUCGUUUUGGUUCUGCAAGGGUUACCGAUGAUCUAUUGAAAAGAUUUGAAUCAGCAUUACCAGCCGGCACAAAGUUGCAUCACUUUCUUCGUCGUGGAAUAUUCUUCUCUCAUCGAGAUUUGGAGCCCAUAUUGAAUAAAAUCGAGAAAGGUGAAAAAUUCUUCUUGUACACUGGCCGUGGACCGUCAUCAGCAUCGCUGCAUGUUGGCCAUUUGAUUCCAUUUAUUUUCACCAAAUGGCUACAGGAUACAUUCGACGUUCCUUUGGUCAUCCAAUUGACUGAUGAUGAAAAAUUCUUAUGGCGCGGAUUAAAAAUUGAAGAGGUGAAAAAACAUGCACUAGAAAACAUCAAAGACAUAAUUGCAUGUGGUUUUGAUGUGAAAAAAACGUUCAUUUUCACCGAUACUGAUUACAUUUCUAAAUCACGAGCUUUCUACGAGAACAUACUGAAAAUUCAACGUUUAGUCACAUUUAAUCAAGUGAAAGGAAUAUUUGGAUUUGGUGAUUCAGAUUGCAUAGGAAAAAUUGCCUUUCCAGCCAUACAAGCUGCACCUUCAUUUUCAACAUCAUUUCCUCAGAUAUUCGGUACAGGAUCCAAAUGUCAACUGUGUUUGAUUCCUUGUGCUAUAGAUCAAGAUCCAUAUUUUCGAAUGACACGUGAUGUAGCGCCUAAACUAAAAUAUCCAAAACCAUCAUUAUUGCAUUCAACUUUUUUGCCAGCAUUAGGUGGUGCUAUGUCAAAAAUGUCUGCAUCCGAUGCAAAUAAUUCUAUAUUUCUUACCGAUACGGCUAAUCAAAUCAAAAACAAGAUAAAUAAAUAUGCCUUCAGUGGUGGUGGCGGUAGUGUUGAAGAACAUCGUGAAAAAGGUGGAAAUUGUGAUGUAGAUGUUUCCUAUCAAUAUUUACGAUAUUUUCUUGAUGAUGAUGAUCAUCUUGAACAAAUUCGUUGUGAUUAUAGUUCUGGAAAAAUGUUAACAGGAGAAAUUAAAAAAGAAAUCAUAACCGUUUUACAAGAACUAGUUGCCAAACAUCAACAAGCAAGAAAAGAAAUUACCACAGAAAUUGUUGAACAAUUUAUGACACCUAGAGAAUUGAAUUUUGUUAAUACAACAACAACAACAACAACAACAAAAUGAAAAUAUUUACUUUUAUUUAAAAAAA